AAAUGUGCUUACCUUUGGGCUGCUUAAAGUUUUCUGUUUAGUUCUAAGCAUGGAUAAUACUAAUUGUAGGAGUAUCUUCGUUAAUUGGAACAAUCGUCAUAAAUGUCGAUCAGAGAUAAUAUUUAGACUAUUUAGAUGAAUUUACAAAUGUAAACCUAUAUUAUAAGUUAAGUCUAAACCUUCAGACGGAAUAUUAAUAGCAUUAUAUAUAUUUAGCAGUAUAUUAAUACUUUUUGGAAUUUGCGGAAUAAUAGGAGGAUGGAAAAGAAUUGGAACACUGCUAUUUUGCUUUAAUAUUGGAAAUUUCCUACUUGCGUUAGCUUUUCUGGGUCUUGCGAUUCUUGGAUUUAGUCUUGGAUAGUCAGCUCAUUGGAUAGAUAUAUUUUCAGGUAUAAAAUGCUUUAUAUAAUUUAAAGAUGAAUAAUGCUUCUAAUCAGAGUAUUUUACUGGAUCUGCUACUUUGAAUAAUGUAUAUGCCGAAGCCGAGGCUGUAUUUUGUAAAACAAUCUACCAAAAUGCUCCUGGUUGUCAAUGUUAUUAUACUGGAAGUAUGACAGAUAACACAUCUUAAUCAGUUCAAUUUUAUUCAAAUUCAAAUGCAGACUUAGUAUAUCAUUUAUACUAUUUAGCCCAUAAGGAUACAAUAAUGUUAAUAAUAUAAUGAUUAUAAAUCUGAUUACGAUGAGGAAGCAGAAUACUUAAAGUCUAUUGAAGAAUAAUUUUCUUGUUCAGGAUGGUGUCUUCCUUAUUAAAUUUAUAUUUUUUCAGAUGUUAAUGCAGGAACUCCAAAGUAAUUAGUUGUAAUCAUACUUAUAGAGAUAACUGCUAUGGGGCAAUAACAGGAUUUGCAAAAGACAUAUGUAUCUAUAUUGGCGCCGUAGCUGUUAGUGUAUGUUUCAUAAUGAUUUUAUGCAUAACAUGUGUAUUGUGUUUGUGCUUCCACCCAACUAAAAAAUAGGAAGGAAACUUCUAUUCUAGAAUGGCUCAUUAUGAUUGAUGUAAAAAUGAAUUUGUUUGAAAUAUCUAAUAAAUCAAUU